CCCAGCGGCUUUCCCCGCCCCGGCGUCUAGCCGAGGGGUCGGGAGGUGUCAUCGUCUCCGGCUGCGUUCCCGGCGCCUUCGUUCCGCGGCGAUACCGGGUGGCGGCUCCCUCGCAGCCUUCUCCUCCCCUUCCCGGGCCCCGCCGGUCGCCAAACUAGGGGGAAAAGGGAAAAGAAGGAAGGGGGAGGGAGAGGGAAAGGAGAGAAGGAAAAGACAUUCUCCUGCUAGCGGGGGUUGUUUCUUUAUUUUUGCUGUAAGUUUGUUUGCAGGCUGCUGUCCCGCGAACGUGAAAGUGAAGAAACUUGUGAUUCUUUUAAAUGCUUCGGAGGUAACUUGCAAAAAAUAAGUGUUGUGCGCCACUUUGGUGUUCUCCGCCUCAGGUUUCAAAACUCUCAUCACUCACUAAACCUCUGGUCCUGCGAAAACUUAAGUAGGUGUAUGGCUCCAGUUCUGAACAUUACCCUCUUGACCUUGGAACUGUUGCAAGACUAUUGUGAGGAUUAUUAAGACCGAAGAGAAGAACCAGCAAUGGCAUACUUUGGGAGGAUGCCUUUCUCACACAAUGAAUUUCAUGAAGGACGGGCUGGGAACCAAGCAUCUUACCCAAUGUACUAUUCUGCUUCUGCUGGAGGGGUCCAUCUAGGAUUUGAUCAAGUAGUUGACGAAGUGAACAAUGAAUUUUUUUUCCUUGGUUCAUCACAUUCGCAUCAUCACGAAGAAAUGCUUUUCCCAUCAGAUGUCUUUGGUCUGAAUGUGCCUAACCAGCAUUUUUUUGGUCAGCCUCUAGGUGCUUAUGGUGAACUUCAUCCUGGAAAUCCUGUCUCUCACUGUCAACAAGACAGAAUGUCACCAACAAUUGGUUUCAGAUCUUCUUUACAGUCCGAUUACAGAAACUUUUGUCUGGUGGAUCCCUACUCCUACAGUCAAGAGCGAGAACUCUAUGGAGGGAACAGUAUAAGUUCAGUCAUGAAUGUUUUUGAUUCAAGUGUGGAAAAAAGCAACAUAAAUCAGAGUUUUCAGAUAGGCUUUGACAAUGUAUAUACUCAGGGUCCUGUUUUCUUACACAACUAUCCAUUUAGACAAGAAGUGAGAGAUGGAAGUGGAAAUGGUGAAUCUUACUUAACCAACUCUUCCAAAAGCUGUGACAAAAAGCCUGCCUGGCUCAGCAACUCCGGACAUGACAGAGAGGCUACAGAUUGGUCUAUCCAGCUGGUUGAAGCAAAUCAAGGAAGUAAUGAAAACACAGUUGCUUUUUGUAAUGCAGUGGAGAAAAUAAGAAAUGCCUAUCCUGCUUUUGACUUGAAGACAAACACUGGAAAAAUCUGGAGUGUCGCAACAAAGUUCCCAGACCAUAUCCUUGGUGAAUCAAAAUUCAAAAUCAGUGUUUUGACAGAGUCUUCACCAUAUCCUCUGCUUCUUACACGACAUGCUGGCUGUGUCACUCGUGACUUAAUUGCAGAGAUCCUCCACUGCACAAAUCAAUACUCAACACAGGAAGAAUGCUUUUUAAGUGUUUGUGGAUCUGAUGAAUUCUUACAAAAUAAUCAUACUUUGGGCAGCCAUGAAAUUCUUCGCAAGGCAACCACCUGCAUUCAGCUUCGACUACACAGCAUUAGUAAUCUGAAGCAAAGUUUGGCCAGAACGCAUGAGGAUGACCAAAGUUUGUUCGGUGUGAAUCAGCUGUUAGAACACACUUGUGCCUGGAGACUGAUCUGGAGGAACCUUGUCUCAGUUAUUAUGAAAUAUAGAGAUCAAGUGGAAUGUCUGUUGCAAAAUGAGCAUAAAGUUGAUAAUGUGAUUGAAGUAGCUAAAGCAAUCUGCAGUGUCCUCUGUUUUGUGGAAACCAGAGACAUUACUGACGCAGUCAAGAAACUCCGUGCAGUGCCAUUGGCGAAAGCACAGAAUUCACUUCAAAGUUUGGGAACACCAGGCAAAGCAUUAAUAGAGGCUGCUGUGACUGAGCUCUCCACAGCCAUCUCUUGUCUCAUCCAUGUUUACAGCAGCAGCUUUGAUACAAAUUUCCAGCUUGCCAGCAUACCUAAAAGUCCUUCGUGUGCAGACAUCAGCCCAGAUUCCCAGCUCAGCUUCACUGUGUAUGCUGCCCAUAACAUCCCAGAAACCUGGGUGAACAGCUACAAAGCUUUUUCUUUUUCCUGUACACUGACUUAUGCUGGAAGGACCAUAUGUCAAGUGAAGAUUUGCAAAAAUAUACCAGCUGAAAGAUCCUUCUUUUUCCUGGCUGGCUGGAAUGAGAAAAUCAACUUUCCUCUACGAAUAAAGGCUCUUCCAAGGGAAACUAUGCUGGCAAUAAAACUACUUGGAGUAAACAAUGCCUCUAAAAGUACAGAAGUUCUUGCCUGGACAUGCUCCCCAUUGUAUCCAAAAGAGCGGCUCGUUCACGGAACUGUACUGCUUAGCAUGACAUUGUACAGCACACUUACAACAACAAUGAUUACCCCAGGCAUCUGCAAUACGGAUACACCAACCUCAGUAACGUUGCAGAUUGACUUUCCAGAAACUAAUUUGGAGUUCAUUAAACCUGAACCUGAAGAAAGAAUAGGUGACGAUCUUGAAGAGCCAAGUGAAGACUGCCUGAAGCAUAUUACAAGACUUUCACAGAUGCAUUCUCUCUUGCUACUCUCAGAGCAACAGAGAAGGAUCUUAUGGUUUUAUCGUUACUACUGCAAUAAUCAAAAUUGCUCCCUUCCCCUGGUACUGGGCAGCACACCCAGCUGGGAUCGAAUGACUGUAUCAGAAAUGUAUGCUGUAUUGAGGAAAUGGAGAUUUUCUAACCCUCUGGAGGCACUUGGGCUUUUGACUUUCAGUUUUCCAGAUCAAGAUAUUCGCAGAACAGCAGUCCAACAAAUAGAAAAUCUGUCAAAUGAUGAAUUGUUGGAGUACCUCCCACAGCUGGUUCAGGUGCUCAAGUUUGAAUGGAGUCUUGAAAGCCCUCUAGUGAAACUCCUGCUGAAUCGUUCUCUUCAGAGCAUCCAAAUAGCCCAUCAACUUUACUGGCUGUUGAAGAAUGCACAAAAUGAAGUUCAUUUCAGAAUCUGGUAUCAGAAAGUACUGGCUGCUCUCCAAUUCUGUGCUGGAAAAACCCUGAACAAUGAGUUUUCCAAGGAGGAAAAACUUAUCAGAAUUCUGGAAGACAUUGCCGAAAAAGUAAAAGCUGCUGGUGACCCAAAGAGAAAGGAGGUGCUAAAGUUGGAACUCAACAAACUUCAGCAGUUCUUCCAGGAGGUACAGGUUUGUCGGCUUCCCCUGAAUCCUGCGCUUGUUGCCCAAGGCAUAGAAGCAGAUUUAUGUUCAUAUUUUACUUCCAAUGCUUUUCCAUUAAAAAUCGCUUUCAUCAAUGCAAAUGUUCCAAGUGGAAACAUCAAUGUUAUCUUUAAGAUAGGUGAUGAUCUACGUCAAGAUAUGCUGGUUCUGCAAAUUGUUCGAGUGAUGGACAACAUUUGGCUCCAAGAGGGUCUGGAUAUGCAAAUGAUCAUUUAUAGGUGUUUAUCUACAGGAAAAAGCCAAGGAUUGGUACAGAUGGUGCCAGAUGCUACCACACUAGCGAAGAUCCACAGGGAGUCUGGUCUGAUAGGACCACUGAAAGAAAAUACAAUUAAAAAAUGGUUCCAUCAUCACCAUCCUCUGGAAUCAAGUUACCAAGAGGCAAUAAGAAAUUUCUUUUAUUCCUGUGCUGGCUGGUGUGUUGUUACCUUCAUUCUGGGUGUAUGUGAUCGACAUAGUGACAACAUAAUGCUGACAAAUGCUGGACACAUGUUCCACAUAGAUUUUGGAAGAUUUUUAGGUCACGCACAGACGUUUGGAAGCAUAAGAAGGGACCGAGCUCCCUUCAUCUUCACUUCAGAGAUGGAGUAUUUCAUCACAGAAGGUGGAAAAAACCCACAGCGUUUUCAAGAGUUUGUGGAGCUUUGUUGUCGAGCUUAUAAUAUAGUCAGGAAACACAGCCAGUUACUCUUGAACCUGCUGGAGAUGAUGCUGCAUGCAGGAUUGCCUGAGCUAAACAGCAUUCAGGACCUGAAGUACGUGUAUGAUAACCUCCGUCCUCAGGACUCAGACCUCCAGGCUACAAGUUACUUUACAAGGAAAAUCAAGGAAAGUUUGGAGUGCUUUCCCGUGAAACUCAAUAACUUGAUCCAUGCACUUGUACAGAUGUCAGUGACAGGUUCUGCAAAGCCUCCAGCUCCAGAGACCAUCCCCCAAGAGUGGAUGAAGUUGGACACAGAGAAGUCAAUCGCAAGAGCCACCAUUUUGGGGUUCAACAAAAAGUCUGACCCUCUAUACCUAGUCCAGGUGGUGCAAACCUGCAAUGUGGUCAGUUUUGUGGAAAAAUCAUUUGACCAGUUCUCAAAACUUCACAGCCAUCUCCAGAAGCAAUUUCCAUCGCAUGCACUCCCAGAGUUUCCCUACUCGUGGCAUUUACCUUUUGCAGAUCUUGAACAUAGAAGAGUGAAGGAUUUGAAUCUCUAUCUGAAGCAGCUAUUAAGUGGAUCCAGAAAACUGGCUAACAAUGAGCUUGUACUCAGCUUCUUCCUGAAUUGGUCCAAAAAUACCUUGGCAGAAGAUUUGUCAUCUGUGACCUUAGGUCCUCAGUCAGCUGAUCAUAAGCCUGGAGUACAAUUAGUCAUAUCCUAUGAAAGAACACGUCUGACAGUAAUGUUGAAACACAUGAGGAACAUUCACCUCCCAGAUGGCUCUGCCCCAAGUGCACAUGCUGAAUUUUAUCUUCUGCCGGAUCCUUAUGAGGUCAGUCGAAGGAAAACAAGAACAGCUCUAAAAAGCUCUGACCCUACUUACAAUGAAAUUAUUGUGUACGACAAAGUCACAGAGCUCAAAGGCCGUGUACUAAAGCUCGUUGUAAAAAGCAAAGGAACAUUUGUUGGAGCUGUUAACAUUCAACUGAGCAGUGUCCAGUUAAAUGAAGAAAAGUGGUAUCCACUGGGAAACAGUGUGAUUUAAAUGUUGUCUAAGAUAAUUCAAUUAUUUAUCCACUAAUGUUUCUUUUUCCCAUUUUUCACAGUACAUUUUGUCCAAGUUGCACUUGAGAAUAUACAGUCAUCUGCUGAUUUCUAAUCAUAAGGCUAUGGUCUUAAAAUUGUUGUCUUCCUGUAACUGAUUCUUGUCAGCGUGAGUUUAAAAUAUGACAUUCCAAGAACUUGUACUAGCGUGCAGGAGAUUCUUACAACAGCAAUAAAGAUUUUUAUUUUGUUCAUAUUAGAUAAUACUGUAAAAAUAUCAAAUUCUGUACACAUCAAAGUGUGAGGCCUAAUUCUUUGUCCAUUAAUUCCACUGCCUGUGUUGAAACAGUGCUGAUAAUGGUGUCAUUUAUCGGCAUCUGCUGUGACCCCACUGCAUAUGAUGAUUUCACCAUAGAAGCAUGGGAUGAUUCCCUGGGUGCCAAUACAUUUCAGAUGUCGAGCAAAUUUCAUUUUAAAUCUUAUACAAUCAAUACUUUUUUUUUUUUUUUAGAAAAAAAAAGAAGUUAAAAGCUUUGCACUUCACACAUUUUGUGCAGUACAUGUUGAUGUGCUUUUAACAGUUGAUAUAAUAGAGCAUUGAAUCGAGGAUACUUGUUUGUUGAUAAAAUAUGUCAUUGUUUCUUUUGUUCUGACAUCCAAGAAGCAGAUAACUGGUCAUUUGUGAGAAGAAAGGAGAAGGGAGAAGCUAAUAAUCACAAAUAAAUAAAAC